AAAUGCUUACAACUAAAGACUUUGUCCAUAUUAUUCAUUUCUCUUCUCUUUCUCUCACUCACUCUCUCUCUCUCUCUCUCAAUUUCUCUGAAAUCCGAUCACAAAAUGCAGUUCAUGCUCAACCUUCAUGUUACUCAUGGACUUCCACUUUGUCUCUCUGGAGUCACCAAUCCUCUUUCUUUCUCUAAGGAAAUAGCAGAUCAUGACAGUCGGAGGAAGAACAUGAAGAAGCAGAUAUCAGUGGCCAGAGAGUGUGUGCAUGCAAAGCAUCUACAAAAGGGUACCCUCAUCACAAACUUUCAAACCUCCUCUGUGAUCAUGGCUGAAGAAUAUGGAGAUCUUGGUCACAUCAUAGUUCAUGAUCUGUUCUGUAUUCACCUUGGUUUAACAGCAAAAGCUGCAUAGCCUUAUCAGUUCUUCACUCAGAUUACCACUGUUUCUGAACUCUGUUAUGUAUCCCUGUUGAAUUGAUCCGUGUUUUUUAUUUGUUUUAUUUAUAUAAAAAAAGACGUUUUUUUA